AUGGUGUCCACAAAUUCAUCAACGUUUUUGAAUAGAGCGCGGGGCUUAAAGAAGAAGACAUAUGAGUUGUCUACUCUAUGCGGUAUUGAUGCCCCGAUGAUUUCUUACCAGGGUGAAAACCUGGAGAAGCCCCAGAUAUGGCCAGAGGAUCCAUGUGAAAUCACACGUAUUAUAAACCGGUAUAAGGGCCUCAACGAAGGGGACAAUCGCGGCGGGAAACUGAGGAAGGUCGAUUUCUCCGACUUUCUUACUGAUGUCCAGAGUGCCAUAGACGAUCAGAUGGAUGGGUUUUCGUCGGAACAACUAACRGAGAUUUCUGCUGUAUYGGACUCGAAGCUAUCAGUAGUGCGGAAGCGAAAGAAAAGACUUCAUCUGAAGGAAACCGAGUUGAGGACUGAAUUUACMUCUGAAGCACAGCAACAAAACUGCUCUGUUGAUCCAUUGGARCCGUUUGAUCAGAUUCAUCCCAUUCUCGAUCAUCACCAUCAGGUCUUGCCCACACCUACAUCCUUGCCGAUCGAGAACUGCAGCGACCUAUCUCACUCGACGAACUACCUGGCUGGAAUGCCUGAUGAGAACCCCAUGAAGAUGACUGCCAUGACCGAUUCAUGUUCUGCUGGUAUCCCUGCUCGUGAUCCAAUAGAGAUGCUAUUGCUCCAGGAUUUGCAAUUAUACCUAGAGUUAGCUUUCUGA